CCGCUGGCCGCUCGCCGAAACCCGGGGCGACGGAACUCUCAUACCCCCUUCAUCUUCCCCAACUCCCCAAACUCAACUUAAAUACACUAACUCUCUCUCCAAAUCCCCUUCAAUUCUCCCACAAUCUCUCUCUGUUCUUCUUUCUUGAUCGCAGAAGCCAUGAGAAUGAGCUGCAAUGGAUGCAGAGUUCUGCGGAAGGGAUGCAGUGAGAGUUGCAGCAUACGGCCCUGUUUGCAGUGGAUCAAGAACCCUGAGUCGCAGGCCAACGCAACCGUCUUCUUGGCCAAGUUUUAUGGCCGCGCGGGACUCAUGAAUCUGAUCAACGCCGGCCCGGAUCAUCUCCGUCCUGAUAUAUUCAGAUCGCUGCUCUAUGAGGCUUGCGGGCGGAUUGUGAACCCGAUCUAUGGAUCGGUGGGGCUUCUGUGGUCUGGGAGUUGGCAGCUCUGUCAAUCAGCCGUUGAAUCGGUUCUCAGAGGAUCGCCGAUUGUUUCGAUUUCGUCGGAGACGGCCGCAGCUUCUCCGGUGCCGCCGAUUGUGGGGUAUGAUAUCCGCCAUGUUAGCAAGGAAUCCGGCGGUGGAGGCGGAGGAGAUUUCGCGGCUGAACUUCAUAAGGCCGGUAAAUGCCGGACGCGAUUUAAGCGCUCUGGUGCAGAUUUAAAGGCUCGCGCUAGGGCUCCCCGUAAGGCUGCGGCGGCGGCG